AUGAAUUUACAAUUUAAUAUUCCAAAUAAUAAUAAUAAUAAUACUCAUCGUACUCAUAUGUCUAAAAAUCGUCCACCUCCACAAACCAUUCCAUCAUAUAUUCAUUUACGUCCAUAUAUUAAUAAAAAACCAAAUCUUUACAAUGCAGGACAACGAAAAAAUUCCCAUCCCUAUCGAAAAUUUCAACCUGGUUCAACAACUACUUUUUCCGGUUAUACCAAUAUAUCCAACUAUAAUCAUAAUACUAUUACUAGUACUAAUAAUAAAAAUAAUAAUAAUAAUAAUAAUCAUUAUCAUCAACAUCAACAUCAACAAAAACAAUAUUAUAACAACAAUAAUAAUAAUAAUACUCAUUUAAAAUCUUCAAAUAGUAAAAAAAUACCUUGUCUUAUGUCUGUUGAUCUUUUUCAACAACCACCAAGAAAAAAUUGUCGUAAAAUAGAACAUGCUGAACAAUAUAAAAAACAAACAGUAUUACAUCAACAUGAAAUAAUGAAACAUCAUGAAAAUAAUAAUAAUAAUAAUACUAAUAAUAAAUUAAAAGGUUUAAUUUUAUCGGAUUCAAUGUGUAAAUACGUGCGACCAGAGACGGUAAGUGCCGAUAAUAUACAGGUAAAAAUAUCUUUUGAAUCUGGCUGCGAUUGCAGCAGAAUGUUAACAUUUUUAGAAGAACAAAAUAUUGAACGAAGUAGUAUAUUCCAAGCUGAUUUUGUAAUUUUCUCUCUAUGUACAAAUGAUGUUGCUAAUUUAGGUUCUGAUCUUGCUAUAAAAAAUUGUCGUAUUUUGAUAGAACGUAUACGAGAAUUAUUUCCUCAUUUGAAAUCAAUUGGAUGGCUAGCACUUUCACCACGAUCAAAACCAUCUAAAUUAUUCAAUUCUAUAACUAUUAACGAGAAAUAUCAAGAAUUUAAUCAAUAUCUUAAGAAAUUAUCAAAAGAAAUGAAUUUCGAAAUAAUUAAUGCCAAUCUCCAACAUCAACACAUGCAUUACGAUGGAUUGCAUCCAUCAAUACAAUCGGGACGUGUUCUGAUCGAAAAAGCUCUUUAUAACUGGUUCGUAAAACAGAUAAAACAAUUUUCUAUCACAUCACAUCACCAUCAUCAUCAUCACACUACUGUUAUUGCUAAUCAUCAUCUACAUAAUCAGACUACAACUGCUCAUAAUAAUAAUAAUAAUAAUAACAAUUGUCAUCAUCAUAAUCAUACCACUACUAAUCACAAUCGUUAUAAUCAUGCUACUGCUACUGCUACUAAUAUUUGUCAUCAUCAUAAUUCUACUACUACUACUAAUAAUAAUAAUAAUAAUCGUACUAUUAAUAAUAAUAAUUCUUAUAAUAAAAACACUAAUAAUCGUCAAAAGACAAAUUAUAAAUUGAAAGAAAAUUUAAAUAACUUACCAAGUAAGUCACUCAUUCCAUACUAUCCACAUUUUUUGAGACAUAAGCAAGAAUUUUUUCGAAAAAUUACAAUACCAAUAGAAUUAGAAAAUAAAAAAGAAGAUAUUUACAAUUUGAGUAACAUACACUAUCAAACAGAAUACUAUAAGUUCGAAUCUGAAAAAUGGAAAGUUUAUACAAUUGCAGCAAAUAAAAAGAAACAAAUUGAGCCAAUGGAUACCAUAAUAGAGAUUAAUGAAAGUUUACCAGUAGCUAGACCAUCACCAGCAGGUCUAUCAAGGCCACCAGCAGCAUUAGAGUUAACGGAAUUUUCAGAGUUCUUUGAUGAAUGGUUACCUGAACCGACACCAGGUCAAAAAAGGAAGUUAGGACAUCGACGAGAUGAUCCACCAACACCACCUUCUCCACGUCAACCUCCACCAAUUAUUCCAAGAAAGACAUUACCACCAAGAAAUCCAAAUGUCCCAUUAACCGGAGGAUCUCUACAUGCAUCACCAAUGUCAAAUAAUAAUCAUGAGCAACAACAACAAUACUCUUUCAAUGUGCUUUUUCCUUCUGAGAAAGAAAAUCAACGAGAACAACAUACAGAGACAGCAAAUUUAAUUGUAGCACAAGAAAAUGAACCAUCGAUGAUAAUAUCACCUAUACUAAAUUCCACACCAGAACGAAUAAUACGAACACCAUCAGUUAUACCAAAAAACGGCAGCAUACCACAUAGUUCAUUUGAAUAUGCAAUCAUUCCUAUCGAAUGUAGAUAUUAUUUUAAACGAAUGAGAGAGAAAUGUACGUUUGAAAUAAUAAAAGCUCAUCAAGAAUUUCUUGAAAAUAAAUAUAAAACAUUAGAAAAUGAAAGAGAAAAAAUGUUAUAUUCUUUGUUUCCCAACCAAGUAAGAGCACAAGUAGUCGAAUUUAUAAAAAAUAUCACUGAAAAAUCACUUGACAGAAAAAAGAAAGAUAAUCAAAAACGACUAGAUAAUCUAUUACUAGAUCAGAUGAGAGAAAAAGCUACAUUCGAAAUCAAACGAACAGCAACAUCAGUAGAACAAGAAUAUAUACAGAAUGCACAUGAAAAAUUCACAAGAACAUUAGAUUUAAAAUUGCAAUUGGACAAAUUAGAAAAAAGAUUCGUAGAGAAUAUGCCACCACCAUCACUUAAUAGUUUUGAUAAAUUACAAUUGCAUGCCAAAGGUCUUAAAUCAGAUGAUAUUCAUUUGAGUUCUCUUCGAGAACAAUGGAAAAAUGUACUACGGAAAACGAAAUUAGACUUAACUGCAUUAAUGAGAGAAGCAAAAAUCCGAGAAUUAGAAGAAGCCAACAAAGAAUACGAACAAUUAUUAAAAAAACUACCAGAUCACUUUCGAGAACCAUAUGAUAUUUUAUGUCACGUAUCAGGAACGAGACACAGCCAAUUUGCAAAACGAAAACUGAAUUUUUUAGCAAAAAGGGCGUGCACAAUGAACGAAAACUAG